AGGGGCCUCGGGCCGGCGGCAGUGGCGUCAUGGCGGAGGCGGCUUUGGACGCCGUGCGAAGAGAGUUACGAGAAUUCCCAGUAGCGGCAAGGGAGCUCAGCGUGCCUCUUGCUAUACCCUACCUGGACGAGCCCCCCACUCCACUCCACUUCUACCGGGACUGGGUUUGCCCCAACAGGCCCUGCAUCAUCCGCAAUGCCCUGCAGCACUGGCCAGCUCUCCAGAAGUGGUCCCUUCCCUACCUCAGAGCCACAGUGGGCUCCACAGAGGUGAGUGUGGCUGUGACCCCAGAUGGUUACGCGGAUGCCGUGCGAGGGGACCGCUUUGUGAUGCCCGCUGAACGCCGCCUACCCCUGAGCUGUGUGCUAGACGUGCUGGAGGGCCAAGCCCAACACCCAGGGGUCCUCUACGUGCAGAAGCAGUGCUCCAACCUGCCCACUGAGCUGCCGCAGCUGCUGCCUGAUCUGGAGCCUCACGUGCCCUGGGCCUCCGAGGCACUGGGAAAGAUGCCUGAUGCUGUGAACUUCUGGCUGGGAGAGGCGGCUGCAGUGACAUCUUUGCAUAAGGACCACUAUGAGAACCUCUACUGUGUGGUCUCGGGAGAGAAGCACUUCCUGUUACAUCCACCCAGUGACCGGCCCUUCAUCCCCUAUGAGCUGUACACACCGGCAACCUACCAGCUAACUGAAGAGGGCUCCUUUACAAUGGUGGAUGAAGAAGCCAUGGAGAAGGUGCCCUGGAUCCCACUGGACCCCUUGGCUCCAGAUCUGGCCCGGUACCCCAGUUAUAGUCAGGCCCAGGCCAUUCACUGCACGGUGCGGGCUGGUGAGAUGCUCUACCUGCCAGCCCUGUGGUUCCAUCACGUCCAGCAGUCCCAUGGCUGCAUUGCUGUGAAUUUCUGGUACGACAUGGAGUAUGACCUUAAGUACAGUUACUUCCAGCUGCUCGACUCCCUCACAAAGGCCUCAGGCCUUGACUGAUGGAGCCCUGGUGGACAUUGCUAACAACAACUUGGGGAAAAGGUCGAGCCCUUCCUGGGGCAGGUCAAUUCUGGGGGCAGCCUGGAGUGAGAGCAUGCUGGCUGCUGGCCCAGCUCAGCUUGGGAUCAGCUUUGGAGGAUUUCGGGAGGUGGUCUGGAGGAGCAGGAGGUGCCAGGCAGGUCUGGGUGUGGGCUCCCAAGAAGUUGCCACACAGGCGAGGGAGCAGCCUGUGCUGGAGGAGGAGUGGGACUGCAGGGGCAGCACCGCCCCUCGCCGGCGCCAUGGCUGUGACCUUGGGCGAGCUACUGCCUCAGAGCAUUGGUGUCCUGUCUAUAAGAUGGAGAUAUGAUGGUUCCUACCUCCUGAGGUGUUAUGAGGCUUGGAGGUGAUGUCUGUGAGGAGGGCGCGGGGCUGGCACAGAGGAAGUGGUCAAUAAAGGCAGCUAUGGUUCACGUGCACUGAGACUCCCUCUUGCCAUUGCUUUCCAUGGUCUGGUGAGGGCUGGAAGGUUCAGGUAAACGUUUCAGGGUGACCCUGGUUGGGGGUAAGGGCUGGGUCCAGGCCUGGGCCUGAGGAGCUCUGCUGCUGAGAGCCCCCUGUCCAUGACAGCCAUCACAGCGCCUCUCUGGCCAAGCAAGCCGACCCCAGUCCUCUGUUGUAACUCUGGCGCAGACCUCAUUGACUCAGGGC